AUGAUGGCGGCCGCCAUCCAGGGGUGAGCUAGCGGAUUGCCUGCUGGUCGCUCAGAGCCCUUUGCGUCUCUCGCAGACGCUGCGGCCGGCGUGGGACGCAGCCCGAGCUCGCGCGGCAGGCCGCAGUCGCCGAGGCAGCGGCGCGGCCCGGCUGGGGAAGAAGCCGCCCCGUGGGGCGAAUGUGACAAGCCCCCACCCCCACCGCCUCCCUCCCGAGUGCGCGAGGAGCGCCGGCGACCCCGGGGCCCGGCCAGGCCACAGACCCCGCCCAGCGGCCAGCACCCGGAGCGGCAGUGGAGCUGCGCGGUGGCACCAUGCAGGUCACCCUGAAGACCCUCCAGCAGCAGACCUUCAAGAUCGACAUCGACCCCGAGGAGACGGUGAAAGCACUGAAGGAGAAGAUUGAGUCUGAAAAGGGGAAAGAUGCCUUCCCGGUAGCAGGCCAAAAAUUAAUUUAUGCAGGAAAAAUCCUCAAUGAUGAUACUGCUCUCAAAGAAUACAAAAUUGAUGAGAAAAACUUUGUGGUGGUUAUGGUGACAAAACCCAAAGCAGUGACCGCACCAGCACCAACCACGACGCAGCAGUCAAGUCCUGCUACCACCACUGCAGUUAGCUCCUCUGCAGCUGCAACUGUGGCACAGGCCCCUACCCCCGCCCCUGCUUCGGCACCCACACCUGCACCUGCACCCGCACCUAACCCCACGCCUAUCACUCCAGCAUCAACAACAGCACCUUCUGAACCCACACCCACUAGUGCAACUCAACAAGAAAAACCUGCAGAAAAGCCAGCAGAAGCACCCGUGGCUACUAGUCCAACAUCAACUGACAGUACAUCAGGAGAUUCUUCGCGCUCAAACCUUUUUGAAGAUGCAACAAGUGCACUUGUGACAGGUCAGUCCUAUGAAAACAUGGUCACCGAGAUCAUGUCAAUGGGCUACGAACGAGAGCAAGUCAUUGCAGCCCUAAGAGCCAGUUUCAACAACCCUGACAGAGCAGUGGAGUACCUUUUAAUGGGAAUCCCAGGAGAUCGGGAAAGUCAGGCUGUGGUGGACCCCCCUCAAGCAGCUAGUACGGGGGCUCCUCCGUCGUCCGCCGUGGCAACAGCUGCAGCAACUACCACAGCAACGACAACCACCACAAGUCCCGGAGGUCACCCAUUGGAAUUUUUGAGGAAUCAACCUCAGUUCCAACAGAUGAGACAAAUUAUUCAACAGAAUCCUUCCCUACUUCCAGCAUUGCUACAACAGAUAGGUCGAGAGAAUCCUCAGUUACUACAGCAAAUUAGCCAACACCAGGAGCAUUUUAUUCAGAUGUUAAAUGAACCAGUUCAAGAAGCUGGUGGUCAAGGAAGUGGGGGUGGAGGUAGCAGUGGAGGAAUUGCAGAAGCUGGAAGUGGUCAUAUGAACUACAUUCAAGUAACACCUCAGGAAAAAGAAGCUAUAGAAAGGUUAAAGGCAUUAGGAUUUCCUGAAGGACUUGUGAUACAAGCAUAUUUUGCUUGUGAGAAGAAUGAGAAUUUGGCUGCCAAUUUUCUUCUACAGCAAAACUUUGAUGAAGAUUGAAAGGGACUCUUUUUUUUUUUUUUAAUCUCACACUUCACACCAGUGCAUUACACUAACUUUGUUCACUGGAUUGUCUGGGAUGAUCUGGGCUCAUAUCCACAGUACUUGGUAUAAGGUAGUAGAUGGUUGGGGUGGGGAGGGAGGGACAUAGGAUUUAGGGCAGGGAUAAAUACAGUGCAUGUCUGCUUAAAUUGGCAGAUGCCGCAAAUCCACACCAUGUAUAAAAUAUUAUACAACCAAAAAGUCAGCUUUUGCAGGUCUUUAUUUCUUCUCUAAAACAGUAGGUAAUUUUUCCUAGGUUUCACUCUUCUUAGUGUAAUAGAUCCAGAAAUUUAGUGUAAUGCCCUGCUUUGGAUUUCUUUGACUUAGCAUUGGUAUCAGAAAGAAUCUUUGCUACCUAGAAUCUACAGUUUAUUUCAUGGCAACACUGGAUAAUGGCUUUGUGACAUUGAAAAAAAUUUUGGAGCAACUUCUAACAGAUAUGCCAAAUUAUUGAUGGUUAUUGUUGCUGCUUCAAAUAAGUAUACAAUUAAAUACCAUUUCUUUCCUAUUAAAUGCUUGUUGGGAGAAGGGGAGCCUUUUUCUUCAAAUGAAAAUAAUUACUGCUAUUUUAAAAUUUCUUGAUUGUUGAAUGUGAGAACCUUCUAACAUAAUUUGAGAAGCUGUACAAGUAUAAGCAGAGUUACUUUCCUGUUUACAUUUUUUUGUUUGGGGGGAAGAAACUUAUAGUGUCUAAUUACUGUUUACUUCGUUGCUAUAUUGCAGUAAAAGUUUUAAACAGCCCUUGCAUGUUUGCUUUUGAUGUAUCCCUUUGUGGAAUGAGCACUUUGGGGCCAAUGGGAAUGCAGCGAACGCUCUCCGUCUCUCCCCCCUCCUUCAGCAGAAACGUGUGUUCAGCAGGCCGUGAAUUCAAGCUGCUGCCGCCUUUUUAGAACCUACAAAGUGCUGAUUUGGGUGAAAAAUGGAUACAAAUGUUUCAAAACUAGGUUUAUGGAAUUUGAAACUGUUUUUCUUUAUUACAUAAGAAUGUAUGGCCAUUAAAAUCAUUAGUAUUAUAUUGCUUUCACAAAGAAAUGUGGAUGGAACCAUAUCCUACAUCCUUUAUUGCAUUGAAAAUACCAGUAAAGCGUUCAGAAAGGAUUGGGAAAUGGAUCUAGAAAAGUACUUUGGAAAAUAUACAAUCAAGGUGUGACAUUAAAUGAAAUAUCAUAGCAAUGUUGGUUUUUAUUUGAUUAUCUUUUCCUUCUGAUUCGCCUUCAUUGUUGCUGUUAUUUGUGCAUAAUGGGGCAGUUGUCUGCUUGUUCAUUGACAUUUCUUAUGCCUGAAUAGUAAGGCUAUUUACGGAAAUGUUCUCUCCCUUAACGUCCAGUAGUGAGAAAAUGAACUUGCACAGUUUCCCUGCAUAAUGUUUCAGUAUUCUUAGCACAGAGUGGUGAUGAUUUCUAAGCUUUACAGCAUGCACGAAGUAACCUGUCACAAAAAUGAGUGAGACCAUGCGUUCCCCCACGAUGUUAUCAUGUAGUUUAAUUUUUCAUGUGUUUGUUCCAUAAACUUGAUCAACUUUUGAACUGUAUGAUUACCUGUAUGUUUUACAACAAAUCAUGCAUAAUGUCUCAGGCGAAUAAACAUGAGAAUGUGUAUGUUCGUCCUUCGAGGCAGAGGACUGGGAAGGAAAGGAUGGCAUUUCAGAUGAUGGAGUACUCAUUUAUUCCCUUCUGCACGCCCCUCCCCCAGUGCUCAGAGCACAUGGACAGCCUACAGAAGGGAGGGGCAGAGGAAGGCAGCAGCGGCAACCGCAGACGUGAUGGCCGGGAGCCUUGUCCUUGGACAGCAGAACUGCAGGUGGUGGGAUGGACCCGAAGACAGCCCGCGGGCGCCAAGAUCUGGCUCUUCUUUCCCUUGCUCUUGGUUUCCUGAUAGACCUAAAGACGCUAUUAAACAAAUAGGAUUUUUUUGGUGACCUUUUGCCGUUACUUUAAUUUACAGACCAUUUUGCUAAAUCUCUUUAUGUACGUGGCUAUCUGACUCUGGAAUUUGACAUGUUAGGUAUUCUGUCAUCUAUUUCUUAAAAUGUUUUUAUUGUUAUAGUUGCUCCAUGGAAAAUGUGAGGAAAUCUACGUUAUUGUUAAUUCCUUUUGCCCUCCUCUAGUCCUAUAUUUCUUUCACUGUUUAAAUAACUGAAGUGUUCCAAAACAUAAUUUUCUCCUGUACUAGAUGGCUAGGAUUCUAGAAAAUCGAUUAUAAAAUAUUUUCAAUAUA